AUGGGAGGAGGAAGAGGAGGAGCCGUUGACGAGCUAACCGAAGAUGAGAAGAAAGCUCUCAGAGGAAGCAAAUUCGCUCCGCUAACUUCUCUUCCAUCCUCUUCUCGCUCUCAGCCGCCAAGAUUAGCUCAUCCAGGUGGACCCUUGAAGACGAACAAAGCGGCGGCUUUAGCCAAGUUUCUAGAGAGAAAGCUCCAGGAUCCUAAUGGGUUGUCUUCCAUUGAUCCUAAUCUUGUCGAAUUGGCCGUCAAAAACGCACGAGAGACCGUUAUUUCGAGUGGGGCUUCGAGUUCAGGAAGAAGAAUCCAACACGUUGCCUCAUUCGAAGACGUCGAGGUAUCUUCUGAUGACGAUAAGAUAGAGAACACUAAGCUUAACCAAAAGAAAAAGAAGAAAACCGCAAAGAAGAAAAAAGAUGAGAAAAAGAAGAAGAAAAACAAAAACAAAAAGCAUAAGAUCACAGUCGAUGAAGAUGCCAAGUUGAAGAGACCCAAUAAGAAGUUGAAGCUUUAG